AGUCUAGCUAGUAGUACGAGUAUUACUAGCUAUUUUGAGCAGGAGAGAAGCAGCAUAAGAAGCAGGGCACGGCACGGUCAAAGCGCUCGCAGAUUUGAGCAAGGCAAAAGAGCAAGGGCCCGCCUACAUAUUCUUGCGCCUCAGAACUCAUAGAGACCGCGGCUUCGACGUUCAUCCUCGUCGCCCUGCGUCGCCAUCCUGCGCCUUGGGUCCGGAUCAAGCCAUGUCGGUCAACUUGUCCGACGGGCACGUCCAGCAGGCCUUUGCGCAGGUCCGGGACGGGCUCACCACCGACUACUUUUUCGUCUUGGCCAGCGGCGUGCAAGCAGCACCACAACAGCAGCAGCAGCAUAGAUCGCAGCCACAUUCCCCCCUCUCUCCGCUUCGCAACAGCAGGCCUGGAGGCGAAUCGUGCGUCUGGCUCGUCGGCAAGGGCAACCUGGGAGCAAGGGGAGGGAAGCUCGGGCGCAUACGGAGGCUCCUCGUCCGCGAAGAGGCCACCUACCUCGUCCUCAAUGCCGACGGACGCAUUCUGCUUGCCCAGUCCUUGGGCUCAGGGCUGAGCGGCGUCAAGAGAGCAAAGGCCAUGGUGCAGGGCAGGAGCAUGGCCAACGAGCUGCCGAGCAGACCCUCGCCCAUUGUCUUGACCGACCCCGCCGAGCUGACGCGGGACUUUAUCGUGAGCAAGCUCCGUCUCGAGGAGGACGAAGGCCUGGCCCUCGAGGAGGGAGACGACAGUGGUGAAGAAGCAGACGACAACGACGAUGCUGGCGAAGGACAGGCGCUGCAGGGGAUGGGAGCUGCGGCAGCGAAAACACCAUCAUAUGGGAGCACUGAGGUAGGCCAAGCUGAGCCGGUAGCAGACCAUGGACGGCGUAAGGGACGAGCCGAGUCUCCGCAGGCCGCGUCAGGGAUCGAAGCUCAGAGUAGCGACAACCACGGGCUAAAUGCGCAUCAAGACACGUUGGGGCAAGCUCAGGAGCACAAGACAGCCGACGGAAGCGACGAGGAGGAAGAGAUCGAAGAGGACGACACCGCCGAGGGCUCGCUCAAGGACGGUCAAGAGGGAAGAGGGGAAGAGAUCCGGCGGGUCACCAGGUCAGCCACUGCCGAACAGACCAAGAGGCUGGAUCUCGCAGCGAGCGGCGGGGUGAUCGAGGAUGACCAGUCUGCCGACUCGAGCCUCCUGCGCGAGUACUCAUCCUCAUCCCCCCUCGACGUUGGCACAGAAUGGCCCAUGCCACCCUCGAAGAGCGACGUGACGGGCACGGAGCCUGGCACCAAGAUCCUCAGGGCAUCGCGCGUGUCGCUGACCAAGAACCCCCUCCAUCACUCCAGCACCAACUCGCUUAGCACGCUGGUAAAGUACGAUGGCAGCCCACCGCCAACGAACAUCGGCCGCUUCACUGGGUCCAGCGCCUCGCUCAAUGCCGGCCACUCGUCGCCCUCUGCCGCCUCGCCGGACCUGCACCGUCCAGCGUCUGAGAGCCACUGGCCGAACCCACAUCGGGACUCUCUUCCACCAUCGGAACUGCCGUACCAGCUGCGAGGGCCAAAUCGACUGUUUGAUGGCAUCGUUCCCGCUCAGACCAAGUCCGCCAGGCCAGUGCACUUUAUGAAGCACAGUGCCUCGACGCCCUCGUUGCCCAAGUUGAAGCUCAGCCAGCUCCGUCGCACCGCCGCCGACGACUCGACAGACGCAGCGCCGGCUCCCAUCGAACGAGAUCAUCGGCCUCUUCCUGGAAUUGAGUCCUUUGCAGAGACAAAGAAGAAAAGCGAAAUCGAUGAAGUUCCGGGCCCCUUGCCUCCCAAAGACCCGAGUCCUCGGGUGCCAGAAAAGGAUCGCUUCCCACCGAGGACCGAGGAAGGCGCCCAGAGCAGCAGCGAUGACGAAGAGAAGGCCAGGCUGGAGAGGGAGAGAAAUGAGUUUCUGGCUUGGCAAGAGGAGCAAAAGGCCAAGAUGAUUGAAAAGGAGCGACAGAGAGAAAAGGAGAGGGAGCUGCGGAUCCGGCUGGCAGACGAGGCAAAGAGAGAACGAGUGAUGCGCAAACUCAUGGAGGAGCAGAACAAGUGGAUCGCCAAGACGGAGUUUGCCGACACCGACUCGCCCCCGGUGUCGCUCGACUCUCCCCUGCUCAAGGCCACGCCGGCCACGCCGGGCUCGCCAGGGCCACGAUCGCCAGGGCCACGACAAGAGGGGGCCAAAACGCCGCGGGUUAGAACUGCCAGCGGAGAAAAGGACAAGUGGAGAAAGAAAAAGGGCGCGCCUCCUCCCUUGCACCCGCCUCCUAGCGUGCCCCCGCCAAAGAGCCCGGGCCUGGCAAGCACGAAUGGCACCACGCUUGCCGUCACGAAUCUGCGCGCACAGGUGUCGUCUUCUGCGAGAAGCCGCACAGUCAGCUUCCCCGGCCAGGCACCAAAGUCGCCCUCAUCGCCCGGCUUCCCGUCCGACGCCGCGCCGCUGAGCUCCAUGAUGGCCUCCAAGCCGAGCCCUUCUGAUGCCACUAGCCACGCAGCCGAGGCCGCCGGCGCGCCGGGCGUCCACCAGCGUCACGCUUCUCACACCCCAAGUGCUGGCGUGCUCUCUUCUAUCAGAACAUCGAACCUCGCCGUGGAAAGCGCGCGCAACAGCUCGCUGGCCGCCUCGAUUGCUGAGUCAGGCUGGCAGCGCGUUGAUAUAGGCCCCAGCGACGACGACGAUGACGACGACGAUGGCAAUGGCGAUGCUGUGGGCGACGGCAGAUCAAGCUCGUCGCUGGAGAAGCACAAGGACAACAGCGCCGUGUUGGCAGCAAAUACUAACAACAGCAGCAGCAGCAAUAACAAAAGCAGCAGCAAUAACAACAAGGCCGUCCCCAAGACGCCUUCACCCACUUCCUCGCCGACGAUCUCUCUCGCUCGCAAGCAAUGGAGCCAGAUGCUUGCCGAGGGCAUGGAAGGCGAGUCAUGGAUCACGAGACACACGAAGCGCCAGUCCGAGGAGGGCAAUCUCGACCGCGGUAAUGGCCGGUGGCAGUCGCCGCUGCUCACCGUUGGGAGAAACAAGGAGCUGCCCUCAUUCCCGUCGCCCACCUCCCCCCUCCUCGAGGGCAUCCCUCGCGCUGAUUUGCGAGUGCAGCAGCAGCAGCAGCAGGGACGGCUGCACAACCGCGAGUCAGAGAGACAGCUCGAGGCGCGGCGGAGGGCCUUUGUCACUGAUCAGCUGGCCCAAGCCCAGGUCGACAUUGCGCGAGCCGAGCAGAAGCGACUGGAGCUCGAGAUUGCCGAGCUCAAGCGCCGCGAAAAGGAGCGGACCGAGCUCGAGGCUCUGGCGAGGGCAAAGUGGGCUCGGCAGCAGGUCGAGCUCAAGCAGCUCGACGCAUUUGAGAGGAGCAAAAAGGAGGCCGAGCGUAAACAGCAACGACGAAGGAAAGCAGCGCUGCAGAGCUUACAGGAUGAGGAGAAGCGCAAAGAAAUCGAGCUGGUCAAGGAGGCCGAAGCGCAAAAGAAGCGCUACGAGGAGGAGGUGGCGAACAACGAGCGCAGGAAGAAGGACGCCCAGGAGAGGGCCCUCAGGCUGCAAGAAGAGGCAGACGCCAUGAAGAAGAGGCGGGAGGAGCGCGAGAAAAAGGACCAGGAAAGAAAGGCGACGCGACAGGAGCUCAGGAGUAGACUCGAGACGCUCAAAAGUGAAGACCAGCUCGUCCUCGAAGGCAUCGUCAAUGUGCAGUUCGAGGGGCAAUUGCGAUGGCGACGCAAAGCCUUUGAGCUCAAGGGAAGCACCAUGCUGCUGAGGUCUCCCGAUGGCGACAUUUCUGCGAUACCGAGUCAGCCCGUCGAGACAAUCGAGGUGACAAGGAACAGCAUCCUCUCGCUGACCGAUACAUUCGAAGAGAUUCAAACCCCACAUUCGUUUCGCGUUACAUUCAAUGAAGAGCACAAAGGUCAAGGCGGCCACGAGGACACAUCUGUGCUUCUCUCUACCAACUCCGAAGAAGAGAAGGAGAAGCUCAUGGUUGGGCUCUCUGUUUUGAGCGACUAUCACGACUUGACGUUGUGAAGUCAGACAGGCAUCUUUAGCACUCACUCACUUCAUCUGUACAAAUAUCCCUUCUCGUUCACAUCGCUGACUGCCACCUGCUAAUUCGAUACCGUGCCCC